AUGAAUAUUGUAUUAGCAUUAUUUAUGCUCAAGGAAAGUGGCGUUACUUUUGGUCAAUUUACUCCCGUACCACGUUAUGCUGCGUCUUCACAGACCAUAGGUGACAGAUUAUAUGUUAUUGGAGGCCAAGUAUCAGCUCAGGCAAGUGUCAGUUCAUCAUUAGCGACAAAAGAUGUAAUUUACUUGAAGUUAUCAACGAAUUUUAGUCGAAAUUCACCAACAUGGAUCGAUCAUACACAAAUAAGUCCGUUGCCAGUUUUUAAUUCAUGGGCGGGAUCUUGUAAAGACAAGGACAAUAAAACAAUCUAUUUAUUUGGAGGCUUUAUACAAGACAUCAACACGUAUGAGAAAAUUAUGGAUAAACAAAUUUAUGUUUUUGACACCGUUGCAGAUAAAUGGAUCGUGCCUGAUAAUGCUGGAGGUGCUGUAAUUGAAAACCGUUACACCUCGGAUGAUCGAAUAAUUUGUUAUGGUAUAUUGAGAAAUUAUAACUUGAUUGGUUCUAAACCUGAACUGGCAGUAUUAGAUGUGUCAAAUGACGAAUAUCAAUGGCUUGCACCAGUUAACACUACAGCAAAUCAACCUCCAAGUCUUGUAUUUCAUAACGCUGAAUUAUAUCAAGAUACAAUAAUAGAAUAA